ACUAAAUUGUUGUUUUAUUUUGAUUUUAGCCAAAGAUGAUUCGCUUUAACGAUCAACUUGAGGUAAAAAGAAUCAUAAUAAUUGCCACUCCAAAUUCUAAUUAUGGAUUUUCAAUUAACCUAAAGAAUUGGAAUGAACAAGCGAAUCGUUCAAAUUGUACGGCAUAUGGAAAUGUCGCCUUGCAUAUGGCUGUUAGGUUUUUUCAGUCAAGGGUUAUCUUUAACUCUAGGGGCUCUAAAUGGGCUGGUAAACCGAGUGUGCUUGGACGUGUUCCAUUUGCAAAAGAUGUACAGUUUAAAUUACAAAUCACAAUACGCAGUAACAGAUAUGAGUUUUCAAAGUGAUUAAUAUGGUCUUUGAAGUCCAUUUUAGCUGCUUCUGUAUGUUCGAUACUUAGGAUGGCCAAGUUACUAACCCAAAGGGCAUAUCUACAACUUGUUUCAUAACAUCAUCAUAAUGGAGAGACUUAGGGCGCCCAACUGUAUACUACUGUCGAGGCGGCUGGAGGACACCCCUUAUUUUAUUUAGCCAUUGAUUAAAGUAGCGUUCCGUAUCCCUUGGGCAUGUGUACGCGCCGUAGUGCUGACGGGGGAGCCCGGGGCGCCGACUGAUUCACCUGUGCAGUCAAGGAGCCACCUUCUGAACGAAAAAAAAAGGAAUGGUAGAAAACUUUGCAGGAGUCAGAGUUUCUUUCUCGCUUCUCUUCGAGGGAGUGGGGAGGCACUGCUCCUCGUGUGUGGGGUUGUGGUAGGAAAUUUCACGGUCAGUAGAGGUUUGUCUAAAUUAUUCUAAAAGACUUCUCAAUGUUUCUUGUCGAUUGGAUCCUUUUUGUAUUAAUGCAUAAAGGACAAGAAGACAGACAUACAAAAAUCUUUAAGAUUGGAGAUAAAUAAUAAUUAGAUAAACAAACACAUUGUGAUUAAGGUUAAAAUUAGAAAAACAUUGACACAUUUUCGACGUAGCUUGUUGUGGAAACACUGUCCACGGCUGUUAUAUAAUUUGCGGGUGCCGGAUGCCAAUCUCACAAAAGAGUCAAUAUUCAAGUUUAUUUAUAGGCUAAUUCUCUCAACGGCUUGCCCGACAAGCAACAGUGCCUAUAUUGUUAUUUAUAUCGAUGGGCCCUGUACAACCCCCCC